AUGACCACACCUUUAUUAGAACGUCUUUUAAAUUGCAAAGAGUCCACAAACUUUAUUAUCAUAGAAGAUACAGUUUCGCAGUCCGGAUAUAUACUAUUGAAAGAAUUUAUCAAAGAGGUCGCAGUAAAACAAGACCAUCGAGUUGUACUAUUAUGUUUUGAAAUAUCUCCCAAAUGGCUCUUGGAAAAUAUCGACCCACAACAAAAUAUAGAGAUAUUUGACGCAUACUCGAAAUCUGAAGCAUAUGACCUUGAAGAUGAUAUCACCCUUACUGAUUCAUGUGAUAAUUAUAAUUUCAUAAAAAAUUUCAAUGAUUUGUCAGAAAUUACAAACAUCAUUAAAGAUACCAUUCACAAAAACACAAACAUUAAUCGUGUGAUAGCGGUAUACCAUUCUGAUAUACCUAAUUACCCAACCUCCGGAACAUCGGGUUAUCUUAACGUAAGAAACACCUUGUCAUACCAUAUAGCAUCAACUACAAUCAUAAUUAAAAAUACUGAACAAUUUCGCAAAGGAUUAACUUCGCCUGGUUAUAUUACAACGGAAAAUCACGCGAUAAUUAACGCGUAUAUGAAUGCUCCCGAAGGUUCUAUUUGUAUUAUAGAACACAGAAAAAGAUCUGGAAGAGUUUUGUAUGAGAUCAAUUCAUAUAAUAUUACCGAAUCAUCCGAUAAUAUUGUAAUUCAAUUAGUCAAAGACAUGAAAGAUGACAUAGAGCCUGAGAAUUAUACACCGGAUCCGACUACUGCGAAUUUGUUAUUUAAUUUAUCAUUAACUGAAUCACAGAAAAAAGCAAAAAAUGAACUCGUUCUACCAUAUGUUAAGAUACAAGAUCAAUAUAAAGAUAAUCAUCAUGAGAGUGUUGUUACCGUUUAA